AUGUCGAUAACACAACCUCCACUCCCCCCAUUGACAACAUCUCCAUCCACUACCACGAAUAUAAAUGCCACGACUGCUACUACCGCUGGUAAUGCGACAGCAGCAAGGCUAUCAAACAUAGUAACUGGUCACUCGACUGGUCACUAUUCUGAUCACCAGCAGGCAACUCCAGAAUCAAGACCACCCAACUUGACAUCUACCUCGACGGCUGCCGGUAGUGCUACAGCUACAAGCGCUGUCUCCACAGAGCACCACGGCGGGCACUUGCACCCCCCAACCCAUCAACAACACCAAUCGACUGACCAUCAACUACCUCCUCCUCCUCCUCCAACACAACCACAACCACAACCACAACCACAACAAGAAUCCUCGACAAUAUCUUUGCCGUCAUUCAAUGUCGAUGCUCACCCCACCGUCCUUGCAGCAGCUGCCACUGCCGCUGCCGCCCAUCAUCAUGCCUCUGCCAACCAUGAUGACCACCAAGCCCUUCAAUCUGCCAUUGUAGUUGCUCCCGACGCCGUUGGUCAAGCACCACAACCAUCCAUAGAGCCAGGCAACGUUGCAAACCCUCAAUCAUAUCCGCCUGAAGCAGCGGCCAUGUAUACACAGGCACUUCCAAUGGCCUCUCAGACACCUUCUCCAGCCUCCGCUACCACGCCGAAACCCCAGUCCAAGACCACCCGCCUGCGGAGGGCGUGUGACCUGUGCAGCUCAAGGAAAGUCAAGUGUGAUGAGACUCAUCCUUGUCGGCCAUGUCGCGAUCUUCAGGUCGACUGUACCUUUAACCGGGAAAUGAGGCGUCGAGGUCCUCCCAAUAGGCAUGCAGAGGCUGCCAGAGCAGCGAAGCGUCCGCGACUCGAACCUGCCUUGCCAAACAACAUGGGCCACCAUGCACAGCCUCACAACGCCGCCCAGACUUUGAUUUCCAUCGCUGGCAACCCGCGAGGCGGCCACCACGCAGAGGCGCAUGGGCAGACUCAGACUAUGCUCGAUGCCGAAUCGAUAGCCCCAUGGUCCGUCUUGGUGCUCCUCGUUGACGACUUCUUCACCUAUAUCCACCCCUUGACGCCCUUCCCCCACGAGCCUACCUUCCGUCAGCAACUGGCCAACCGCGAAGACCAAAAGAGCCGCGAGUUUCUGGCCCUACUCGCCAGCAUGGUAGGCUGCCUGGUUGCCUCCUUUCCCAGGACCGCACGGUUGCAUUUCAAGUCACAGCAUGGCCUGAAUCUGUUCCCCAAGGCCAUUUAUCUCGUCGACCGAUGCCGCCAGGUGGCCAUGGAAGCCCGUGGUUCUCACUUUUAUAACCGAGAAGACAUGACGGUUUACGACGCAGUCACCAGCUAUCUCCUCGGCUUGGCUGCUGCUUACACUUUGCAAUGGAAGGACCAGAUCGGCAAGCGUGUCUUCUGGGUCCUGUUUCUGGGUGUCCGCUCAAUGAUGCAGCUCGGCGGGCCCAGUGGCGAUGUAGUGUUCCCCCCACCGACACCUGCCGAGCCGUAUCCCGAUUUCCCCGUUGAGGUGGACGACGAGUUCAUUCUGCCCUCCCAAAUCCUGGUGCAGCCCCCGUCUGUCGUGUCACGUCUGACUGGCUUCGUUCAGGCCAUAAAGAUUUAUAUGACCAUGAACCCGUUGGUCAGCAUCGAGUUAUCAUACGGCCUCUCAACACUACCCUUUCAGGAUCAAAAGGUCAUGUUACAGGAUUGCGUGCAAGCUGUGAAGCAGGUCAUGGAAGGCAUGCCCCCAGAACUCACUCUGGACUUGGACAGCAAUCCCGCCGACGGUAUGCCAACAAGCCUGAGUGAGCUAUCUCGAAUUCCGGCGUCGCGUAGCGCUCUUAGCGACAGUGGAUUCCAGUACUGCCCACCCGCCUAUCCUGCACAUCAGCCGGCCUCAGACAUCCAACAUAUCGUCAAUAACGAUCAUGGUCGUCGUCUGCUUCAAUAUGAGAUCCAAAAGGCAAAUAUAUAUGCGUCGCAGGUCGCGACACGCUCAUACUUCGUCGAACGCUACCUAAAUCUUCGCGAUGCCCAUCGCGAACAUACCCGCCAUCAAGCAGCACAAGCAUAUGCUGCCGUCACGGCCGUGGAGAAUGGCGUCAACGGCAGCAAUGGAGUUUCCCAUGAUAGUAAUAAGAGCGUUGCCGCUGCUGCCCUACACGCUGCUACAGAGGAGUUAUCUGAUCCUAUUGACGAGAACAUGACAUCCGAGCGUGAGCUGAUUGUCCAGAAUCUCCUUGUCGUGCUGGCUUCCAUCUCUCAACGCAACAUGGAGCCCAAUGGCGCAUCCUUCAUCAAUAAGGUUCGUCAGGUGGCUUCCACUCUCGUCCACGAUGCUCCUGGAAGGAAGGGGCCCAUGGCCACCAAGGCCCAAGAGCCUCUCACCCGCUUUCUAGACAUUCUCAUGAGGCUGGAGAAGACUGGACCAGGGAACACGGACCGGGGUGACGGGACCAUGACUCCGCAGGAUGAAGAGAUGGAACUCAGGAGCUGGGCGGACCUGCGAGAGCACCAGAUGCGAUUUUACCAAAGUGGGGGGUUCAUGGGUCAACUCUAG